GAAGCAUCGUGGCUAACUGAUGGCCUGCGAAACCAGAGAACACGCAUUGAAAUAGUAUUGGCUGAGUUUGGCUACAUAGACCCAAAUAAAACGGCAUGGCAGUCGUUGGUGCUCCGUAAGAAAAAAUGGCGGAGAAGGACAAAGAGAGUGAGAAAUCAAACAGCAGCAGUGUUCGAGUAUGUGGGAUGCAAUUUUCUUACGACGGGCAGACUCCUCUCUUCUACGAUUUCAAUCUCGAUAUCUCACCGGGAUCUCGCUGUCUUCUCGUUGGUGCCAAUGGAUCUGGGAAGACGACGUUGUUGAAAAUUUUGGCCGGAAAGCAUAUGGUGGGAGGAAGAGACGUUGUCCGAGUGCUGAAUCGAUCAGCCUUUCAUGAUACGCAACUUGUUUGUAGUGGUGACUUGGCAUAUUUGGGAGGCUCUUGGAGUAAAACUGUUGGCUCUGCUGGAGAGAUUCCACUCCAGGGAGACUUCUCUGCAGAACAUAUGAUAUUUGGAGUCGAAGGUGCUGAUCCUGUUAGGAGAGAGAGAUUGAUUGAUCUGCUGGAUAUUGACCUGCAGUGGCGAAUGCAUAAGGUAUCUGAUGGGCAGCGGCGCAGAGUCCAAAUUUGCAUGGGUCUUCUUCACCCUUUUCAGGUUCUUUUGCUGGAUGAGGUUACAGUUGACCUAGAUGUUGUUGCUAGGCUUGAUUUACUCGACUUUUUUAAGGAAGAAUGUGACCAGAGAGGAGCUACAAUUGUAUAUGCAACCCAUAUCUUUGACGGAUUGGAGCCAUGGGCUACUCAUCUGGCAUACAUCCAAGAUGGUGAGUUGAGAAGGGCAGAGAAGUUAACAGAAGUUGAUGAGUUGAAAAGCUCGGCAAACCUUCUCUCAGUUGUUGAGUCCUGGCUUCGUACUGAGACCAAACUUGAAAAAAAGAGAAACAUCACCCGUCCAGCACAUUUUCAGAACUCCUCUUCCAUUGGUUCCUCUCCUUUUAUGUCAUCCAGGCACAUGGCAUACUACCGUUGAUCAUUCUAUUUCAGCAAUUUUCAUAUGGGAUUCAAGUAUACAAGAUAAUAAAUCAUUUUUAUAACUAUUCAGUCAUCGUUGACACACGUAUAUUUCUUAUUAUUUGAGUGUAUUUGUAUUCUGGCGGAGCUCCGUAAAGAAAGGAGUUUGCUCUGGUAAAUGGUAAACCUAGGUUUUAUGCCUUUACCAUACCAAAUCAUGUUUUAAUUUUAGCUUGUAGUCAAUUGUAACUGCUGUAUCAUCUAUGGCUUCGGGUAUAUGAAGCGACUUUCUAAACUCAA